AUGAGUGUCAUUACAGUCCAGUGUGUGAAAAUGGUGACAGCCAACAUGUUACUGAGUGUCUUCUUUGUUUCAGGUGCUUUGGCUGAUUGUCCUGCUUAUUCAGCCCUAUUCAUUACUGCACCAAAGAACAUGGAAGCACUGAUUGGAUCUUGUCUGCAAAUCCCAUGUACCUUUACACCUAAACCAGACAAAGACUUCAACAGUGCAAGAGCAAUUUUUGGAGUGUGGAUUAAAAGUGACUCCGACUUGGGCUCUUAUCCAAACAAUGUGAUUUUCAACAGUAGUAAGACAGUUACCACCUACCCAAUGAAUAUCACUGGAAACCUGAGUGAGAAAAACUGCACCACUUUAUUUUCCAGUUUAAUAACAAAUUACACAGACACAUACUUCUUUAGAAUCAUGAACUGGCCAUUCAGGGCAACAGCUAUUUGUGAUCCUCUUCGAAUAACAGUUAAAGAUUCUCCUCCAAGCCCCAGAAUUGAGAUCUCAGGUGAUCUGAAGGAGAAGGAGUCUGUCACUAUAACCUGCUCAGCUUCCACUCCCUGUCCACACUCCCCUCCUAGACUCACCUGGAAUCUCCAACAAGACCCUCACAACACAAUAGAGGAAAACACAAAUCAAACCUUCACAACUAAAAUCCAGGAGACCAUCACUCUGUCAGACAAACAUGAUGGAGUCACCAUCACCUGUUCUGCCACAUAUCCUGUGGAUGGAGGAAACCAUAAGACAGCAGAGGAGAGAAAGACUCUCAAUGUUUCAUGUAAGACAACACAUUGUAUUAGUUUCUGA